GGGGGCGGAGCUUCGCGCGCCACGAGAGGAGCCGUGAGAUGCGAGAUCCGCGGCGUGUUUGCGCUGAACGCGUCCGGCCAGUGAGUCAGUGAGUCGGGCAGAGAGGAGCCUCACAGGUUUCAGCCGGAGAGUUUCACUGAGUGGAAAACCGGCGAAGUCACAUUAAGAAGAAACAAUAUCGGACUGAGUUUUUUCUUCUUUUUUUUUAAUCUCCAGAAUUAAGAAAAAAAGAAAAAAGAUUAGUUCGGACUUGAUGUGAAAGUCAAAAAAAAAAGAAAAGUGCCGCUGCUGCAGAGACCAGUGGAAUAUGAUUUGAACCAACACAAAACACUGUUGCUCGCUAACAGGAUGAAUCCGGGUUGGCUUCAUGCAGUCACGCUGCUGUGGGCCCUGUGCCCCAGUACGCGAGGUCAGUGUGAUAAAUCAUCAGAGACCAGCAAACUCAACCUUUCGGUGACUUACGAGCUCCCGACGUUCACCGCAGACUUCCCCAUCGAGAACAUGGUGACGCUGGAAGGGAUCAUCUAUGUCGGGACUGUGAAUCGAAUCUUCGCUUUGGCCCCGAACCUCACGAAGCUCUCAGAGUACCACACGGGGCCACUGCUCGCCAACGAGACGUGCGGCCGGACACCGACCGGCACGGGGGGCGGCAGCAGGGUGGACAACCACAACAUCGCCUUGGUGGUGGAGAACAUUUACGACAAAGGGUUGUACAGCUGCGGCUCGGCAGACAACGGCGUUUGCCGCCGUCACGUCCUGGAUGAUGAAGACAUGAGCCCGAAAACUGUGGACGAACAGGUGUACUGCUUCGCUGACAAGGUGAGGCAAGGCAGGGGUCAACCCAGCGACUCGGAUGUUGUGGUCAGCCCUUCAGGCUCUCAGGUGCUCAAUGUGGAGAGCAACGUCAUCAAGUUUUUUGUUGGGAACUCCGAGAUCCCCGGUUUAGAAAAGGUAUCGGAGAACGCAACGCAUCACCACACACUUUCUCUGCGGAAGAUGAAGACGAGCCAAAAUGGCUUCACGUUCUUCUCCAACCACUCGUACAUGGACCUGAUUCCGCCUCUCCGCGGAAAGUACUACCUGCGCUACGUCUACUCCUUCCACAGCGGACCCUUCACCUACUUCCUCACCGUGCAGCGGGUGAGCAGGAACUCUCGGGCCUACCACACCCGCAUCGUUCGCAUGUGCUCCUCAGACCUGGUGAUCCGCCGCUACGUGGAGAUGCCCCUCGAAUGCAUCAGCACCGACAAGAGGCGGCGACGCUCCACAGAAGACGUGAAAGUGUUCAACAUCCUGCAGGCGGCCCACGUCGCCAAGGUGGGCAGCGAUGUCGAGCUACAGAAGCAGCUGAAGGUGGAGGAGGACGACGACGUGCUGUUCGCCGCCUUCGCCAGAGGAAAACCCAACUCUCCGGAGCCGACUCCGAACUCGGCCGUCUGCAUCAUGUCGCUGAAACACAUCAACAACAUGUUCAAGAUGUACAUGCAGAGGUGCAACACGGUGGACCCGUAUCACUUCACUGGGUCGGAGAAGAAGUCCUGCUACAAUGUGAGCUCAUCCGACGACUGCGACCCACACGAGGGGAUCCACGAGGGGAAAGAGGGCAAGUACCGCCUGCAGGUGACCCAGUUCGUCCAGAGGUUGGAGUACUGGCACAAAGAGCUGACGAACACCUUGGUCACCUCUAUCAACGUGGUUCCAGUCCAUGGCCGAGCAGUGGCGUUCCUGGGCACCGCCGACGGACGCCACAUACAGGUGCUGUUCUCCCGAUUUGCCUCUCCUCAUGUCAACAUACACCUGGACUCGAGACCCGUCUCCUCCAGCGUGGCACUGCUGGACGACAACCAGUCAGAAGGAGCCAUGCUAAUGGCCACAGGGAACAAGAUCACCAAGGUGCCCUUGAUAGGCCCCGGCUGUGGUCAGCUGACCACCUGCACUUCCUGUUUGCUGUCAUCCAGGGUGACUGAUUGUGGCUGGUGUGAUGGCCGCUGCACCAGAGCCAACCAGUGUCCCUCCUCCAUCUGGACACAACAGCACUGUACACCUGUCAUUACUAAGGUGUUUCCCGCCUCUGGGCCAAUACGAGGUUCUACAACGGUGACGAUUUGCGGACGCAACUUUGGCUUCGACAAGACGGAGAGCUUCAAGGCGUCGCUGGUGUCCGUGGAGGUGGCGGGAGCUCACUGCAAACUGCCCCGACAGGACAACGCCAACAGGUGGACUGAAAUGCAGUGUUCCCCAGUAUUCAGUGGGAACUUCACCCCGUCGGGUCACACGGUGAAGGUCACCACUGGCAACAAGGUAGCCAAGAUGGAGGGCUUCACCUUUGUGGAACCGGAGAUCCACGAAAUCUUCCCGACAUUUGGGCCGAAGUCCGGAAACACCAUGCUGACCAUCAGAGGAGUCUUCCUGGACACUGGGAACAAGCAGGAGGUGACUGUUGGGAAAUCAGCCUGUAAAAUCCAGAGCUUGUCGUCCACCAUGCUGACCUGCAAAACGCCUCCCCACGCCUUUCCCUCGGAGCAGCCUGUGAAGCUGACGGUGGACUCGGUGGAGCUCCACGCCCCCGUGCUCUUCACCUACAACCAAGACCCCAUCAUCAACAGCAUCCAGCCCUCGCGCUCCUUCGUCAGCGGAGGCUGCACGGUGUCGGCUCACGGCUUCUUCCUCCAGUCCGGCCUCCAGCCCCAGAUGGUCCUCACCACCGCUCAGGAUGCUGAAGUCUUCCAUGUGAGCUGUGUGUACGGCGAGAACAGGACGUCCAUCCAGUGCACCACGCCCUCGCUGGCUAAACUGGCCCUGCAGCCGCCGGUGGUCACCAAGGUGGCGUUUGUCCUGGACGGCUACUCCACGGAUCAGUGGGACCUCAUCUACGUGGAAGACCCCCUUUUCCAGGACCCCAAGCUCACCUCCAAGGACAACAAGAGCAUUGUGGAGCUCAAGGGCGAUCGGAUGGACAGGGAGGCGAUGAAGUGUCAGGUUCUGACCGUCUCCAAUCACAGCUGCGAGAGUCUGACUCUGGUUGGAAACACUCUGGAGUGCACCGUUCCCACCGAGCUGCAGGCCACCACCGCCAGGGAGCUGCAGGUGGAGUGGCGGCAGGCGGACUCCAUCAGGCACCUGGGCAAGGUGACGCUGGCGCAGGAGCAGGACUACACCGGCCUCAUCGUGGGCUGCGUGUGUGUCAGCCUGCUGCUGCUGCUGCUGGGAACUUUGCUGAUGUGGAGGAGGAACAAACACAUCGAUGAUCUGUCUGAGGUGUGGUAUGAUGGCCGGGGUCACAUCCAGCAUCUGGACAGGCUGGCUAACGCGAGGAGCGUCAGCCCCACUAAUGAAAUGGUCUCCCACGAGUCAGUCGACUAUAGAACAACCCUGCUGGAGGAUCAGGGCACCGACAGGCCCGAGACGUGCCGCGCAGCUCCUCCCAUCUACGGAGGCAACGGCGAGCUGCUGUCUCCCAGACUGGGGGCGCUGGGUGGAGGAAUGGGGAUGGGUCUCGGGAUGGAGGGCGAGCUGGUGUCACCUCUGCUGAUGGCCCCGGUCCACAUAGAUCCGUCCUGUCUCCACCCGGACCUGCUGACUGAGGUGCAGCACGUGGUGAUCGCCAGGGAGCAGCUGCUGCUUCACCUCAACCAAGUCAUCGGCAGAGGUCACUUCGGUUGUGUUUUCCACGGAACUCUGCUGGAGCUGGACGGGCAGAAGCAGCACUGUGCCGUCAAGUCCCUGAACCGCAUCACAGAUCUUGAGGAGGUGUCCCAGUUCCUGAAGGAGGGGAUAAUCAUGAAGGACUUCAGCCACGCCAACGUGCUCUCUCUGCUGGGUAUCUGCCUGCCGCCCGAGGGGUCGCCGCUGGUGGUUCUGCCCUACAUGAAGCACGGCGACCUGCGCAACUUCAUCCGCGAUGAGGCACACAACCCGACAGUGAAAGACCUGAUGGGCUUCGGGCUGCAGGUGGCCAGAGGGAUGGAGUAUCUGGCCAGCAAGAAGUUUGUCCAUCGAGACCUCGCCGCCAGAAACUGCAUGUUGGAUGAGAGCUACACAGUAAAGGUGGCAGACUUUGGCUUGGCCAGAGACGUUUACGAUAAAGAAUAUUACAGCGUCCACAACAAGAGCGGAGUCAAGCUGCCGGUCAAAUGGAUGGCUCUGGAGAGUCUGCAGACACACAAGUUCACCACCAAGUCAGACGUGUGGUCGUUUGGCGUGUUGCUAUGGGAACUGAUGACCCGCGGAGCCCCGCCAUACUCUGAUGUGAACUCCUUCGACAUCACCGUGUUUCUCCUGCAGGGGAGGAGGCUGCUGCAGCCCGAGUUCUGCCCUGACGCCCUCUACACCGUGAUGAUCGAGUGCUGGCAUCCGAAGCCGGAACGCCGGCCCUCUUUCUCCGAGCUGGUGUCGCGCAUCUCCGCCAUUUUCUCCAGCUUCAGCGGGGAGCACUACGUCCUGCUCAACACCACCUACGUCAACAUCGACAAGAUGAGCCCUUACCCAUCGCUCCUCGCCUCCACUUCUUCCUCCACCAACAAUACUGCUUCCUCCUCGUCUUCCACAUCCGACCCCUUGACCUCCACGUCCCUGCCAUCCCAGUCCCCCUUCUUUUGCCACGUGGAGCGAGAAUGCUGCACCUGAGAGAGGAAAACGGACAGAAGAAGAAUGGGUUGGUGGAUAAAAGACUCAGAAAUGGAGAAAAAGAGUGAGGAAGAAAGCAGUGAGGUGAUGAAGAACUACUGUAUGUACUUGCCAAACACUGGACACUGUAUGCUGAGGAAAAACACAGACAGUUUUGGAGUUUUGACUGUUCACUCAAUGUACAUAGAUCCUCGACCUUUGACCUUCUCAAGCAUCGCCGAACGACAGGAGCCUCUGUGAUCUAUAGGGGCUGACAUUAUCGACUUCGCCGACCGUUCUGACCUUUCAUUGACCCCGAGGAGGGGGAGGUCAGCCUUCCUGCGUCUUCUACAAGACAAUUACAAGGCACAGGAACGCCUCCUCGAAGAUUUCCAGCGGACAAAGCCACUGUCACAGAAGCACAUUUGUCAAACACCCAAAAAAAUACAAACAAACCCCAUUGACUGCUGUAGCCACACAUGGAGAGGAUAGAUAUCACGAUCCUGCUCUCGUCUGGGUGGUACGUGCAUCGAUACGCGGAUGUGGCUCAGACCUUUUCGCUGUCACUAAUGUGAAUGUUCGACAAAUGGCCAUGUAUUGUGUCGUUUUCACACCUCCACACACUAUAAACUAGACUAUAUGCCACCCUCAUAUGCCUGACAGACAAUGGGGCUGCUGUGAUAGAUUUUGCUGCCUGAGGUGAGUAAACCAAGGCGUGCUGGAGAUAACUGGGGAACGGCAGUAGAUGAGGGUGUAAGGUGGGAUGUGUUAAAAAAAAAAUAAAAUAAAAAAAAUGCUGCCUGUGUGCAGUUCACUGGAUGCUUUAUUUGUAUAAUUAUCUUUGGGCAAUUAGCUUUUAAUGUGCUUGGUAAAGAAAAAAGAAAAAAACGUUAUAAACGUAUGUUCAUUUUCCUUUUUAUUAUUGUUUUUUAAACCUGAAACAUCCCGUCAUUAUAAAACACUACGACUCUGACAGCAUGAACACGCUCGAAAGCUUCGGGGUUUUUCUUGGAAAGAAGAAGGAGAACAAAUGAGAAUCAUGUUGUUUUUUUGUCGUUGGUUGAUGGAUUGUCUAAGUCUCUUACUGUUUCUCAAAUCUGUGUCUGUUUUUGUAUGACUCACAUUUUUAUUGACAGAGAAUAUGCUCUACCUGACAAAAUGAUUACACCUACACAAAGGACAUGAGGGCUCGCAGCCAGGAGGUUUUUUAACUCAUGUUUAGUUCAUUUAACCAGAGACAUAAAAGCUCUUUUAUCCUCAGUUAAAUAACUUGUGGGCAAAAUUUAGACAGAGAGCUUCAAGUAAACCUUUCACCUCGAAGGUUCCCUGUGUUCAUACAGCUUCAAACCCAGGAGUGUGUUAUCAUGCGACCAUCUGUGACAGCUGUAUAUCACUGUAUCUUUAUGACGACUGCACGUUCAGUCAUCAUGAAGAAAUGCUCUAUUGUUAAAUGACCAUAUCAGGGUGUCUUCCAAAUUAUGUACAAUUUACUCUUUUGUUCACCAUUUUAAAAAGCAUGUUAGAUUGUUCUUUUCCAACCUUUUCAGGCAGCCAUUGUCUUCCAUUCAUUUUUAGAAGAAUGUAAAAAUCACUUAGCAGAUUGUUGAAACUUUCUUGAGGUGUGUAAUCCAUCACAUAUAUCUGUUAAUGUUGUUUGCAUUGUGUUUAAAGCAGUUAAAGGAGCUAUUUGUAAGUUUCGCUAUUGCUACAAUGCUAACGUUAGCAUUAACAGCUGUUUACUUACCAGUCUAGAAGAAAAGUUGCGAGUUCAGCAUCAAACUUCAUUCCUUUACUAGCCAUGAGCUGUCUCCAGCUGUGGAAAGCAACAGCAACAUUAACACUUGUCUCUUAUCAUGUCUUUUCACCUACUGAAGUUAGCACGCUAACCAGCUAGCUCGUCACUUGCCAAUAGCAACUCACAGUAGCCUCCAAUCUGCCCUGAAGACGUAGUGCUGCUGAGAUGGCGUAUUAUAACCUCUUGUCUUGUAAAUGCAACAAUGGUUGAAGCUUUUUGUCAAGCGACAAUCAUCACAACCUGCUCCCAGCAAAAAACCAGAAGAGAAAACUUAUAAAAAGCCCCUUUAAAGUGUGUACUGUAACAUUGGGUUGUGCCAAUUGAUGAUCGUAUGGAUUAUUGACUCCUGAAGGGACAGUCAGCAGUUGGUAAUGUUUCUGCUAAUAUUAAGAUAUAUUUUGGAGGAGGGACUGAAUUACAACAGUCUGCUGUAGUGAUCCACCAAUAUUUUACUAAAUAUGUGUUUAGUAACUUGUUAUCAUUUACAUGCUAACUACACAAUAGAAAAAAGUGUCAAGAAUCUGCUUAAAGAUUUUUAACAUUGUAAAGAAAUGAUUGGAAAUUAAUGGCUGCCUGGAACAAUAGAAUAAAAGGCAUCAAAUUGUGUAAAACACAGCAGCCUGAUUUAAAGAAGUCUGUUAGCUGUGACAUAAAGUAAACAUUAUGUGUUGUAAAUGGGCUAGAAAUGCAAAAUACUGCGUUCAAUGCCCCUAAUGUCUUUGCUUUGUGUAGCAGAUUGUGUUUUUUUUUUUUUUUAUCUGAAUGGCUGCUGAUGUGACUGGGCCAUUGACGGACAGGUAUGAAUGUUUGCUAUGACAAGAAAAUUGCUGUACUAUAUUUUUGUAUCGAUAAUGAGCCUCUUGUUUAAAUGAAAUCUGGUCCAAUGUAUGGGAAGACUGGUGGCGAGUUGAACAGGCGCCACGGAGAAAUGAACAAAGCCACUUAAUCAAUCUGUUGUUUUCCAGACGAAUCACUGCCAUGUUGUAAAUAAAUAGAGGAGGGACUGUGGGGAUCUGUGUGGGUCUGUCUGCAGCACGCAAAGCUGCACAUCUGACUGAUGAACAUGUGGGCUGUGUGCUCAUUUCGCUUCUGAUCAUUACUGCUAGAAAACAGUGAAGAGUUGAAGAAACUUGAGCAGCCUCACACCGGACACAACACUCAAAAGACUGCUGUCACUUUGAUCAUGUGAUUCUCCACGACGUCGUCUGUGCUUAACACUGUCUGUUCUGUGUGUGUGUGUGCAUGUGUGCGUCUGUGUGUGUGUGUGUGUGUGUGUGUAUGAUUUUGCUGUCUGUUAAAAACAAAUCCUGAAGGUACAUGUUCCUAUGUAAUGUCUAAUGAACUUUGUCAGUGUAAUAAAGCUAUACUAUCAGAGUAAA